UCUAUUUUAAAUAACUUAAGGCCGCUAAAAUUUGGGGGGGAACAGCCUUCGCCCUGGAGCGGUGCGCGAUGCUGUCUCACGCCGACCUCCUGGACGCCCGUCUCGGGAUGAAAGAUGCGGCCGAGCUGCUGGGACACCGGGAGGCGGUGAAGUGUCGGCUGGGCGUAGGGGGCUCGGAUCCGGGGGGACACCCGGGAGACAUGGCUCCCAACUCGGACACGGUGGAAGGGACCACCCUGCUGCCGGGGGAGGACAUCACCACGGUGGGAUCCAACCCCAGCUCCUUAGCCGUCAGCGCCAAAGACCCCGACAAGCAGCAAGGCCAGCAGGGCGGCCAGAACCCCAGCCAGGCUGGGCAGCAGCAGGGGCAGCAGAAGCAGAAGCGGCACCGCACCCGCUUCACGCCGGCGCAGCUCAACGAGCUGGAGAGGAGCUUCGCCAAGACCCACUACCCGGACAUCUUCAUGCGGGAAGAGCUGGCCUUGCGCAUCGGCCUCACCGAGUCUCGGGUGCAGGUCUGGUUCCAGAACCGUCGAGCCAAGUGGAAGAAGCGCAAGAAGACCACCAACGUCUUCCGCGCCCCGGGCACGCUGCUGCCCACGCCGGGGCUGCCGCAGUUCCCCUCGGCCGCCGCGGCCGCCGCGGCCGCCAUGGGCGACAGCCUCUGCUCCUUCCACGCCAACGACACCCGCUGGGCCGCGGCCGCCAUGCCGGGCGUGUCGCAGCUGCCGCUGCCGCCGGCGCUGGGCCGGCAGCAGGCCAUGGCCCAGUCCCUCUCCCAGUGCAGCCUGGCGGCCGGGCCGCCGCCCAACUCCAUGGGCCUCUCCAACAGCCUGGCGGGCUCCAACGGCGCCGGGCUGCAGUCGCACCUCUACCAGCCCGCCUUCCCCGGCAUGGUGCCCGCCUCCCUGCCCGGCCCCAGCAACGUGACGGGGUCGCCCCAGCUCUGCAGCUCGCCGGACAGCAGCGACGUGUGGCGGGGAACCAGCAUCGCCUCCCUCCGCCGCAAAGCACUAGAGCACACAGUCUCCAUGAGCUUCACCUAAUGGCCGCACGCCGAGCCCCGCGUCAACGCCGCCGCCGCCGCCGCCGAGCCCCCAGCCCCCGCCCGCCCCGACCCGCCCCGGCCCCCCGCCUUCCCCCACCUGACUUACCAGG